GAACAACACAUGAAACCUUUGGACAGCCUCUAAACCUCAAAGAUGAGCAAUUACGAGAUUCCGGCAGGUCUGAAGGAGCUACUUCAGGGGUACACGGUGCAGGUUAUUCGCAACAGGCCAGCAGACUUGGUGGAAUUUGCCGUGCAGCAUUUUACGCAAAUUUUGGAGAACCAAAAGAAUGACAAGACGGUUAAGAAGCUGGACAGCAAAGCUGCACGGAAAGGGGUCACUUUUGCAACAAACUCUGAUGAGACCGAGAGUACCCGGGAUGAGAAAGAGGAGGAGGAGAAGCCUGUUAAACCCACCACUGGCAAAUGCAACCGCAGAGUUUCAGUUUGCGCAGAGCCCUACAACCCUGACGACGACAAUGACGAUGACCAGCCUGAACCUCGAGUUGUGCACCCUAAAACUGACGAGCAGCGUCGCAGGCUUCAGGAUGCCUGCAAGGAUAUUUUACUCUUUAAGACACUGGAGCAGGAGCAGUUCUCAGAGGUUUUGGAUGCCAUGUUUGAGGUGCAGGUCAAACCUCAGGAGCACAUCAUAGACCAAGGAGAUGAUGGCGAUAACUUCUAUGUCAUAGAGAGGGGUGUUUAUAAUAUACUUGUGGCGAAAGAAGGUGUGAGCGUGUGCGUGGGUCAGUAUGACAACAAGGGCAGUUUUGGCGAGCUGGCUCUAAUGUACAACACGCCGCGAGCUGCCACAAUCGUGGCGACACAGGAAGGCGCCUUGUGGGGCCUGGACCGAGCCACCUUUCACAGGCUGAUUGUGAAAAAUAACGCAAAGAAGAGGAGGAUGUAUGAGGCCUUUGUUGAGUGUGUUCCUCUCCUGAAGUCUCUGGAGCUCUCGGAAAGGAUGAAGAUUGUGGAUGUUUUAGCAGCACGAUCUUUCAAAGAUGGAGAACGUAUUAUAGCGCAGGGAGACGAGGCCGACUGCUUCUACAUGGUGGAAUCAGGACAAGUAAGGAUUAUGAUCAAAAGCAAAACAAAAGCAGGCCAGCGGGACGACACGGAGGUCGAAGUGGCCCGUUGCUCUCGAGGACAAUACUUUGGGGAACUCGCACUUGUCAACAACAAACCUCGCGCAGCAUCUGUUUAUGCUGUUGGAGAAACUAAAUGUUUAGUGAUUGACAUCCAGGCAUUUGAGCGCUUGCUGGGCCCUUGCAAGGAGAUCAUGAAGAGGAACAUCUCCCAAUAUGAAGACCAGCUUGUGGCAUUGUUUGGCUCUAGCGUGGAUUUAAAACACUAGCAUAAACUGUAUAGGUUUUUUCCCCCCACCAUUUCUGUCAGUCCAUUGUGUGAAACUCAAAAAUAUGAAUUUAAAAAAAAGAAUGCCCACAGUAAGACACCCUCAAGGCUUUGACUUGUAUUUCUAUAAGAUUUGAUCUGUCCAGUACUGCUCUCCACAAUAAAAAAAUAUUGCCUUGUUAUAAAAAAUAUAUAUAUUUACAUUUCAUUGAAAGAAACAA